CGGCGGCGGCCAUUUUGGCUCCACAGUGAAAGUGACAGGCGGUGCGGAGGGAGCGAGGAGCGGCGCGUAAGGCCCGCCCGCCACCGUAACAGCCGCCGCCGCCGCCGCCAUGGCGGACCAGCUCGGUACCGGCGCCCGCGCCGAGGAGACCGGCGAGGAGAAGCAGGACACGCAAGAGAAAGAAACCGUCAUCCCCGAGAGAGCAGAAGAAGCGAAGCUGAAGGCCAAAUACCCCAACCUGGGCCAGAAGCCCGGCGGGUCGGACUUCCUCAUGAAGAGGCUGCAGAAAGGGCAAAAAUACUUCGAUUCUGGGGACUACAACAUGGCCAAGGCGAAGAUGAAGAACAAGCAGCUGCCAAGCGCAGGGCCGGACAAGAACCUGGUGACCGGCGACCACAUCCCCACUCCUCAGGAUCUCCCCCAGAGAAAAUCCUCGCUUGUAACCAGCAAGCUGGCAGGGUAACCUGCACUCAGAGGCGUUUUGGGGUGGUUUUUUUUUUCCCCUCUCUUCCCCACCCCUUCUAUUUUCUUUCUUUCUUUUGGUUAAAUGGAUUGAACUUCACUGUACCAUAGGGCUGGGAUCACCAGAAUCCACAUAGUUAUCUGAAGUAUUUACAGCAAACACGCACCAAAAGCAAACAGGAAGUGGGCGAGCUGGGUCCCUGGCCCGGGAUAUGCGGGCAGACUCUUGGCAGAUUUGUCGGGGCCUUUCCUUUGGCAAGCGCGUUUGCCGCCUUAAUUUGCGUGCUGUUUGAAACCGUCCGCCCGCCGAAGCGCUGCCUCCUCGCGGGGGAAGCCGAGCGGCCCCGGGACGGGCAGGGAACCGCUCGGGGGAGUUGCUUGCUCUUUGCUCGGCACCGGCGUGGGAGCGCGGAGUGGCGGCGCGUAGCGCUCUUCAGGGGCUGGGUGUCCGCAGAGGAGAGGUUUGCCAGGGCGAAAGGUGUGAGAUGUGGUCUGGGGGUCUAGAUAGAUGCGUGGGGUAGAGAGCUUUGGAGCCGAGGAGUUAGCUGGACUUGUAGGGUGCGAUGCGGCCGCGUUGCUGGCUUGAGCUGCCUGGGACGCGCGCCGGGGUCCCCGCCGGCUGCGGGAGCCGCUCGGACUUCGAACGCUUCCUCGUGGUCCUGCGACGCGGCGCUGGCCGCUCGCUCGGCUCCGCUGCAGCCCCGCGGGGCUUCCUCUGGCCCGCGGCAGGGGAGAGAGGCGGCUCCUGCCCGAGCCUCCGCUGUCCCCGGGGAGCCGGAGGUGGCGCAGCGAGUCCCACCGGCCGAGCAGGCGGUCGCAGCCCCCACGGGACGCCCGGGCUCUCGCUGGGGCGGGCGAGAUGGCUGCGAGCUGCUCAGAGCUGCCCUGGAGGGGGAGAGGUGGGAAAAAUCCACCCCGGAGAGAAGAAAAGCACCGGAGCUGGGGAACGCGGGCAAGGGGAGCGAAGAGGAGCAUUAAAGCGAAACCUGUAUUAACAGCGUACUGCAUCCAGGGCUUGGAUUUCUUUUUCUUUUCUUUCCUCUCCUUUUUUCUCUUGCCUUUGCUUUCGUUUCAGGCAUGAAAAAAAAAAAAAAAAAGCGAUCCGGGCGGCGCCGCGGCCGCAGAGCAGCGCUGCACGCACGUGCCGCCCGCCGCCCCGCGGCGCGGGCCAGGCGGCGGCUCGGCAGGGCCGCGAUACGGCCUCGGCUCGAGGCGUCGAACGGCCGGCGAAGGUCCGGGCGCGCGGGGCGCCGCGCUGCUAGCGCCUCUAAACCUCGGACGCUUCAGGUCCGGCUUUCAAAGCGCGUACGAGGAAGGAGGGGGAUAUGUUUUUAGGGAACGCUUCCCUGCUGGGUGUUCGGCCCGGACGCGUUCGAACGUUGCGGGUGGCUCGGGGCGGCCGCUGCGCUGCUGUUACAGGCAGGAGUUCUGCUUCGAAAGCCCGGAGCGAGGCGCUGCCUCCGGCCAGCGUGUUUUCCCGCUGCGGAGUGGAAGAGGAGCUGGGGGUUGGCAGGAUCGGGGCCUCCCUGCUUCCCAGCCGCGCCGGGCCCAGUCCUUCCCGCGCGGCCCGGUCGGGUGCUGACAGUGUCUGUAUAAACCCCCUUAAGACGUUCUGCUCUCUGUCCCAGCCGCGUUGUAAAUAGAUAUGAAUCAUAUAUAUAAAAAUAUAUAUAAUUUUUUA